AUGGACAACCUGCAGAGCAACGUUGAGCAGGGGCAGAAGUGGGCUGAAAUUCACCAGGCGCUUUUGCCCACGUACAACGCUCUGCCGAAGAAUUCGCAGGGCUUGAUUGACCACCAAGCGGUGCGUUACGUGCUUCACCGCAUGUUCGUUCAGAAGUAUGGUUGGUAUAUCAAAGGAUUGGAGCCCAGCGGAGAUCAUUGGCAUGAAGAGUCUACAGACAAGCCUGAGCUUGCCAAAGUCAAGGAGUGGGUACCCAGCUACUUGCAAGAUUUGCUGGAAAAGCGGCUCCAUCACAAGGGGCUUGACCUCAACAGCCUGGUCCAGCUGGCCCUUGCCCUUGAGGAGCUUGUGAACCACGAGUCAAAGAACCGAUUGACCACAGCCUACGAAAUUCAUGAUUUCCCAACGGAUGGGGGAUUGACCAGAGAUGAAGCAGAUGACCUUGUGCGCACCUGGUACGUGAGCUUCCUGUUGGCCGGGAACUUCUCAGCCAGCUCUCCGGAAGAGGUGCAUGCAAAGAAGGCCGUUUUUGCCAGGAAGUAUUCCGACUGGCAGGAUGCGGAGAACUGGCUGGGAGAGCUGGAAAAGGAGCACUACGAAGGUGAACCUGCACAAACCUUCGACUCCAACUUCCGUCUUGUGCAGAAGAUUGGAGAGAGGUAUUUCCACUUCAAUGAUGGCGAGUGCCGUGCAUUGAAGGCCACCAUGCAAGACAUGGAAGGCAAAAAGGCUGGCCGAGUGCGGCUCUCCACCUUCUAUAAGAAGUCCCUCUACAGCCACUGGCGAUUUACGGAGAAGGCAGACUAUUUGCGGAAGCUGGGCGCUCUUGAUGACUCUGAUCCUCAGCAACCCCAGGUCAUCAUGGCGAACUAUAUGAUGGCUCGACCAAAUUGCUUGGAGGCUUCCGGCUUGUAUGCCAUUUGCUGCCGCAAUGAGUGUGAAGACCUGAUGGGCCAACUUGAAAGUGAGCUGAAGACAUCUAUGGCGGAACCUUCGAGGAUCCUGCAAUUUGUCUCCAACCUUGCUUCGGAUACAGUGGCAGCACCACGUGAGCUGAGCCAAGCUCUUCAAACUCGUUUGAAGGAGGUGGCCAACCUCCAUGGCGGAAAGGUGCCUAUCCACGGCCGGCUUUUUGCACAGUGGAUGCACCAUGCCUUUCCUCGAGAGUGUCCUUAUCCACACGAGUUCGGCACCACAAGCCCUCAGACGCCAGACGAGUGGAUGAAGGAGACCGGGGAAAGCGACUCCUCUGCCACCUUGGAGGAGAUGCAAAAGCAGGUUGCCAGUGAUGUCUGCCAGCUGGACGAGAAUGGCAAUCCAAAGGCUGGUUGCAAUGAGGAUGAAGAUCUGCCGUGGAGCGGUGCCGAGGAGCUUUUGGUCAAGAGCACGCCGAGCGUGUCAAGCACACCAGUCCACUCCCAAGUUUCCAGGUACCACUUUUUGGAAGAACGUGAACUGUGCUAA